AUGGUGUAUCAAGGGAAGCCCAGUACUGGAUGUAAAAAUUGCCGAACGCGGCGUAUUAAAUGUGAUGAAACUCGGCCCCACUGCAAAGCAUGCGUGAGAACCGGCCGAGACUGUCCGGGGUAUUUGCAUCCCUUUGAUGUGAUGCUGAGAGAUCAUACCUACUCUUUCACCAAAAAACCAGCGUCAUCCGCGGUGUCCCCGAGCUCGAGUAGCAAAUCCACAUCAAGUAAAGACGAAGAUGCGAACUCAGAAGUAUCAUUGGUGAAAUCGCCCGAGUCUGCAGUAUCAGCGAGAUCCAACAGCUCCUGGCCUGUAUAUCUGCAUCCUCUUGUCGAUCUCUACCAGCCCUUGGAAGACACAGUGAUCCCACUUUUCUUCAACUCUUACCUUUAUCUACCCAAAGACCCCCACAUUCGUAAUGGCUUUAUGGAGAUUUUGCCUGAGAUGUAUUCCAACGCUGCUAUUGGCUCUCCCCUACAUACCAGCACAUUAGCUGUCGCUUAUUUCACUGUGGCAGCUUGGACGGGACAAGACUCAUUAGUUCGUGCUUCGCAACGAUAUUUCACACAAACUUUACCAAAGAUUAGGGAGACCUUACUGUCGAAUGAUGACAACGAAUAUGAUCGCGUUCUGAUGUCAAUUCUUAUGUUGUCACUUUACGAGGAAUUUACGGCCUUGAAAGACUGGGAAAACCCAGUAAAAGCCCAUUUGAAAGGCGCCAUAGCACUGGUCAAUAGUCGGAGACCCGAAAAGGUUCAAGAUAAUUCAUCAUCCACUCUCCAUAAUGCUGUUCAAGCUCAGAUUAUCAAAACUAGCCGUGGCCUGGACACUCCGAUGGUCCCAAUACCUGAAGUCUGGCCACUCGCCCCACCAAAAGCACCUCCCUCUCCUCGCGUCUUUCUUUCCACAGCAGCUUCGGAAAUUGUGAGCCUGCGCAAAUCAUGGGAGAAACUAAAUAUCGAGGAACCCAAUGAGACCGAAAUCACAUCAGUCCUGAACAGAGCAACACAGAUAGACAUUAACCUUACUUCGUGGACAUACUGGAUUCCAGAAAACUGGAAUCCCGUUGCCGCAAGCAUAAUACCUCAAUCUGUCUGUGACGCUGGGCUCUAUCUCCAACACUGCGAUUGCUACUCAGAUAUGUGGAUAGCUUCCACAUGGAAUACCUACCGCGAUUGUCGGAUCCUGGUACAAAGUAUCAUGCUCAACUGUCUCCGUCUAUUGCCCGCCCACGACCCCGAUGGAAUCAAAUCAGCCGCAAUCCAAUCAACUAUCAACAAGAUGGCCGAUGGAAUUUGUGCAUCUGUUCCCUAUUACUUGGGCAGUCAGUUGGAAUCUAUACGUCUAAAACAGGGUCAAGUUACGUACCCCUUUGCGGAGACACGACCAGUUACCACCACACACAAACAGUCGGCCCCCUUGAUGGGUCCUUGGCACAUAAUGCUAUUUUUACGAAAUCUCCUGACUUCGGACCUGCAUUUGCCACCGGAGCAGACCAGUUGGGUGGAAGAGCAGGUCAAUCGAGUUAUGGUCAUUUACUUUCAGCGGUAA